AUGGAGAGUCAGAGUGUGAGUUCGAGUAAUCCGGCUCUAAGCACCAAUGAAAUGAAAGACAGAGAUAAUCAAACUCAAGAAAUCUCGAGAAACACGAAUGUUUCACAAAAAAGCAAUACCAAAAAUAGAAAGGAGAGGAGCAUUGCUUGGGAUCAUUGUGUUAGGAAAAUUAUUCACGAUGAUGAAGGAAAUGAGGAGAUGUUUGCUAUUUGCAAACAUUGUGAAUUACAAAUGCCGGCCGAUUCGAAAAAGAAUGGAACUAGAGGCCUUCUUAAUCAUUUGUAUUAUAGGUGUGAGAGUUCUCCUCUUCACAUGGUGAUGGACAAGAGCCAACCCACAUUAACUCAGUCGAUGAUGGGAGGUGAAGUAAAAAUUUCCGACUUCAACCAAAAAAGACUCGACAACAUGUGUGUGAAGUGGAUUAUCAAAGCGGAGAUGCCAUUUCGAACCGUAGAUCAACCGGACUUCAAAGAAUUUAUUCAUGAUCUUCAACCUCGUUAUAAGAUUCUUAAUCGGAGGAAGAUUACGAAUGGCGUGUGGAGUUUAUUUUGCGAGGAGAAAGCAAAGAUCAAAAGCAUCAUUGGUGAUCUCCGUGUGAGUAUCACAACCGAUACUUGGACCUCUAUCCAAAAUAUCAAUUACAUGGUGGUGACGACCCAUUUUAUCGACUCGGAUUUCCAUUUACACAAGAGGGUGCUCAACUAUUACAAUGCGAGUUCCAAUGAUGUGGCCGUGGAGUAUUUGAAGAAGCAAAUCCGGAAGCAUGAUAGUGAUAGUCUUAUGCUUGAUGAUAACUUGCAUAUGAGGUGUGCUUGUCACAUAAUUAACUUGAUUGUGAAGGAUGGAAUGAAAGAGUUAGUAGAUUCCAUUGAAUCCAUCCGAAAUUGUGUGAAGUAUAUUCACUCUUCAAGUGCGAGGUUGGAUAAGUUUCGGGAGUAUGCGGUUUUAGAGAAGAAAGACAAAAUGUCCACUAUCCCGAUGGAUGUUGUGACUCGGUGGAAUGCCACACGCAUCAUGCUUCAUGGUGCUUACAAGUUUAAAGGUGUCUUUGCAAGGAUGGUGGAAGAAUUUACGCCAUUUAAGACAUACUUUGAAGAUGGAAGAGUGGGGCCUCCGACGGAUGAAGAUUGGGAAAAGGCUAUGGGAUUUGCACAUUUUCUCAAGAAGUUCUAUGAUGCCACCAUCAAGCUUAGUGCCACCAAGACUCCGACCUCGCAUCUUGUUCUAAAAAUCUUGAUAAACUUGAAAUUUGAGAUUGAGUGGCUAGAAUUAGAGAUAAGAAAAAUAUUGUGUUGCAAAAUGUGGCUGCAUCUAUGA